CCCUGCGGCCGUUCUUUUCUCUCUCUCUCUUUUCUUCCCAAGGAACCUGCCGUUCUUUUCUCUCGUUAUUAUUCGUUUCUUCCCCACUUCCUCCUCCUCCCACGAGAGGAGAGAUCCUUGGUCUGCAGCGCCCGAGCCGAGCGCGCGCAGCCGCGAAGAUGCUCGACAUCCAGAAGCGGCGCGUCCAGCUUCUGCUCUUCGUCGCCGGCGUGCUCGCCCUCAGCAUGACAGCUGAGAAGUGCAGGGAACUUGUCGGAAAGGAGGCUGCAUCAAAGAGCGGGCAGUUCACAUUCAUGAACUGUUUCGAUAUGGGGUCAGGCAGCCUUGCAUGCGCGGGGAAGGAGGGGGUGAAGCUGUACGUGAACAACCUCCGAAGCGCACACAUGGAAAACGUGCGGCAGCGAGCCAUCGAGAAAGCAUUGGCUGAUGCUGUGAUAGAAGGCCUGAGUCCCGCUGAGGCAGCCAAGCUAGCUCAAAAGGUCGGGGCAAAAGCGACGAAGGUGGCCGCUCGGCAAGCAAAGAGGAUAUUGGGGCCGAUAAUUUCCUCUGGCUGGGACUUCUUCGAGGCAAUGUACUUCGGCGGAAGCAUGACUGAAGGAUUUCUACGGGGCACGGGCACCUUAUUCGGAACCUAUGCGGGUGGUUUCCAUGGCGAGGAGAGGCUGGGAAAGCUUGGCUAUCUCGUUGGAAGCCAGCUAGGCAGCUGGGUUGGGGGAAGAAUCGGACUGAUGGUCUACGAUGUCAUCAACGGGUUGAACUACAUGCUUGAGUUUGUCCGUCCAGAGGAGUACCGAUCAUCAUCUUAUUAUGACUCAGAAGAGGGCUCAGAGUAUGCAGAUAACUACAGAAGUGGCGAAGGAGAUGAGCCAACAUUUAGUGAGACGCUAGAAGAGGCGCAGCAGGAGGAGGAAUCGGGGGGUUUCAGCUUGUUCUGAAACUUGAAGCUUGGAUAUCAGCCGACUUACACUGGGAUGGCAGCAGGCCAGCAAGCAAGCACCACUUAUUCUGAACUUGUUUUUGCAUGUCUAGAUGGGGAAGUGAUUCUUCUCUGUAAUUCUUGUAUGGCCAUUGUGUAUAAUAGAAACGUUUGCAUGCAAUCAUGGUUGUGGCUGCAUGGUCUACAGCAGAGGUACUGAACAUCAACAAAGAAGAAACACAUCUGGUCUGGGAGUAUCUUUCUUGUAGCAUACUUGGGGAAACAGGUCUCUAGAGUGAAUUUGCUGUAUAUGUGUCUGUCAGUUCGUUUAUAAUUUAAUUUAACAUAGUUGGGCAGAUGCCCCUUCAUUUA